AUGCUAAGUAUAACCACGCUAGUUAAAGAACUUUUAGCUUCGAUCCAGCCCUACCCUCCUAAAGGUUGCUCUGAGUCCAGUCCCAUCAACGGUUGUCCAGCUGAGCUGCAGGGCUUCAUGAGUACCGGAGACUUCCUGACGAAAGGCAUUGAGCUGAUUCAAAAGGCCAUUGAUUUGGACACGGCGACGCAGUAUGAAGACGCAUACACUGCUUACUACAAUGGUUUGGAUUAUUUGAUGCUGGCAUUGAAGUAUGAGAAGAACCCCAAGUCGAAGGAGCUGAUUAGGACUAAGUUUACUGAGUAUCUGAAUCGGGCAGAACAAUUGAAGCAACACUUGGAUGCUGAGGAGGAGAAUAAGAAGAGCAAGAUAGACUCUCGAGGAAACAACGGCAAUGCAAGGAAGAUAUCUGACGAUGAUAAUUCGGAUGACAGCAAGAAACUGCGAGGGGCACUGUCAGGGGCAAUUCUAACGGAGAAGCCCAACGUUAGGUGGGAAGAUAUAGCGGGAUUAGAAGGAGCAAAGGAUGCUUUGAAGGAAGCCGUGAUACUGCCGGUCAAGUUUCCACAUCUGUUUAAAGGAAACCGUAAGCCUACCGCGGGGAUCUUGCUCUAUGGCCCUCCUGGAACAGGUAAAUCUUACUUAGCGAAGGCUGUUGCCACCGAGGCCAAUUCUACCUUCUUUAGCAUCAGUUCAAGUGACUUGGUCUCGAAGUGGAUGGGUGAAUCGGAAAGACUAGUCAAGCAACUGUUUGCAAUGGCGCGUGAGAAUAAACCAUCCAUCAUCUUUAUCGAUGAGGUUGAUGCAUUGACUGGCCAAAGAGGUGAAGGGGAGAGUGAAGCGAGUAGAAGAAUCAAGACAGAAUUGCUGGUCCAGAUGAACGGUGUGGGCACGGACUCAGAAGGUGUACUUGUGUUGGGCGCCACGAAUAUUCCAUGGCAACUGGAUAGCGCUAUCAGAAGAAGAUUCGAAAAGAGAAUAUAUAUUCCCCUUCCAGAUCUGGCUGCAAGGACUAAAAUGUUUGAAAUUAACGUUGGCGAAACGCCUUGUUCCCUCAACAAGGAAGAUUUUAGAACUUUAGGCCAAAUGACUGAGGGCUAUUCCGGUAGUGAUAUCGCAGUGGCAGUUAAGGAUGCGCUUAUGCAGCCAAUUCGCAAAAUCCAAAUGGCUACCCAUUUCAAAGAUGUCUCUGAUGAUCCCCAUCACAGGAGACUGACACCCUGCUCGCCUGGUGAUGAAGGUGGUUUCGAGAUAAGCUGGACCGAUAUAGGAGCAGACGAACUGCAGGAGCCAGAGCUGACCAUAAAGGAUUUCCUGAAGGCUAUCAAGACCACAAGGCCGACCGUUAACGAUGAAGAUUUACGCAAGCAACAGCAAUUCACAAACGAUUUUGGGCAAGAGGGCAACUAG